AGUAUCUUGCUGUGGUAGCCGCCGGAGACAGCUUGAGCCUGGAAAAUAAUACGUACGUAGAAGAUGAUUAGAAGAAACUACAAACAAACUGCAAAAACAAGUUGGUGGGCUAAUAAUUACCUGUUGAUCGGGCAGCUUAGCUGCGUGGACGAGAUUAAGGACAAGAAGAGAGAGAAAGAGGGUGGCAAGGAAAGCUUUAGCUCUGAAGGCGGCCAUAUCAAUCUAAGCAAUGGGGAUAUUCAAUCGUAUCUUAAUGAUGAAGUUCUAUUUGUUGAACAAACCCUAAACCUAGAUGGAGGAGGUAAGGCUAGAUCUACAUAUUGGAAACAAGACACAAAGCUGGAUCCUACCAAUGGAGGGAGGAUUGGAGUGGUCAUUUAGAUAAUGAGAAGAAACUAAGUAUAUUUCAUCUUCCUAUUUUGUUAGGAUGAUUAAUGUCAUGAUGAUGGAAUCAGAUUAAUGAUUAUAUUAUAAUAGACAAGAGUGUUCAAAGUACAU